UGGUUUCGUAGCGAAGCAGAUGUGUUUUGGCGUCGUCUAUGUGCUAGCAAUUUCAAAUGGUUGUUUACUUGAGACAGUAAACAUAAAUUGAUCGUAUAUUUUCAAGUAGCAUAAAAUUAACAAUGAGUCCUGCUGCCCGAGACAGCACCGCGGUGCUACCUGGCGCAGCAGAGUGUCCCAGUCGGUCUCUCCCGGGCACAGGUCUGCGGCGGCUCUUCAGUCUCGUCAAAUACGAGAACCUGGUGGCCGGGCUAAGUGGUGGGGUUGUUUCUACAUUGGUGCUUCAUCCGCUCGACCUCGUUAAAAUCAGAUUUGCAGUAAGCGAUGGACUGGACUUGAGGCCCAAGUACAAUGGAAUAUUUCACUGUAUGAGAACCGUAUGGAGACAGGAGGGUCUUCGGGGCCUUUAUCAAGGGGUAACACCCAACGUCUGGGGAGCAGGCGCAUCCUGGGGACUCUAUUUUUUCUUCUAUAAUGCAAUCAAGGCAUAUAAGCAAGAGGGCCAGCAGGCUGAACUCAGUGCUGCUCAGCACCUGGUGUCAGCUGCUCAGGCAGGGGCCUUAACACUCUUCUUAACAAACCCAAUAUGGGUAACAAAGACUCGACUAGUUCUGCAGUAUGAUGCAGGAAUCGACCCCUCGAAAAGGCAGUACAGGGGCAUGUUGGAUGCUCUUGUAAAGAUAUACCGCCAUGAGGGUGUACCAGGAUUAUAUCGGGGCUUCGUACCAGGUUUGUUGGGUACAUCACAUGGUGCACUUCAGUUCAUGGCUUACGAGGAGCUGAAAAGGGAAUUCAACAAGUACAGGAGCCUGCCAACAGAGACUAAAUUGAAUCCUUUAGAAUACAUAACUAUGGCAGCAGUCUCCAAAAUAUUUGCUGCGUCUGCAACAUAUCCAUAUCAGGUAAUACGGGCCCGUUUACAAGACCAGCACAACAAGUACUCAGGAGUGAUGGAUGUGAUGAGAAGAACGUGGAGGAAUGAAGGUGUUCGUGGAUUUUACAAAGGAAUGGUACCUAAUGUUAUCAAAGUGACUCCUGCUUGCUGUAUUACAUUUCUAGUAUAUGAAAAUGUGUCACGUUUUUUGCUACACAAGUAAUCCAGGGAGAUGCUAAGAGGAAUUCAGUUAAGAGACAUUGGCAGUGUUGUCCUGCUGUGCUGGGCACAGGUAAAGAAGCACCAAGGUUGUUGUCAUGUACAUAUCAUGGUACCGCAGAUGUAGAGGACACAGUAUCAUGGCAACAGUCUUCUUAAACUAAUAGAGUGUUGUGCAUCUGCAAGGAUUUCUCUCAGAAUGUAACUGAUGCACAAGUCAGUUCUUGAAGUCUGAAUGGCAUAUCAUUGUUUAUUGGUGUGUGUAUGUACGCAAGUGUUUUAAAUUCUUUUUACAGUUUUGCCCUGUGUUAUCCCCUUAACGUCAGAACUAAAUGCCACAACUGUACAGCCGUGUUUAUGGAGGGGAGGAGACUGGGUCCCCACCAGGUUAUGUAGUGCCUGUUCCUGACUCAAUACAUGGUUUUUGACUCCCCAGUCUGGGCACGCAUCCCCCAUUGCACUACUAAAUACACUUGCCAAAUUACAUUUUCCAUCAAGUGAUUUGUUUGUUUGAAGAGUCUGUGUUUAAGAGCUUUGGUUUAUUUCAAACUGGAAAUUAAUUUCAUCAAGAUGUCACUGAUGUGUUAAGAAUGUGGCCUUUUUACGUGUGUGUGUGUGAGAUUAAAUCUGAUUGAUACUUUA